AUGUGCGGCAUCGUUGGCUACAUCGGCCCGAACCGGGCGACCGACUUCCUGCUCGAGGGACUCCGCCGCCUGGAGUACCGCGGGUACGACAGCGCGGGGGUCGUCACCUUCGAGGGGAACAUCGGCAUCGGCCACACCCGCUGGGCGACGCACGGCCCCGCUACCGACUCCAACGCUCACCCCCACCUGGGCGGCGACCGCGUGCUAGCGCUGGUGCAUAACGGCGUCAUCGAGAACUACCAGGUUCUUCGCCAAAAGCUCUCGGAACGCGGCUACACAUUCCGCAGCGACACCGACACGGAGGCCGUCGCCCACCUUGUGGCGUUCGAACUCGAACAGCUACUUGCGGCCCAGGCCGAGGGGGAACUGCCUGACAUCGACGACCCGCACCGCAUCCUCGUGGAGGCGGUCCGAGCCGCCACGAGUCAACUCCGCGGCACGUACGGCUUGGCGAUCGUGUUCCGCGACUGGCCCGACGUGAUGAUCGCCUCUCGGCUCGGCAGCCCGCUGGUGAUCGGCGUCGGCGACGGCGAGCACUUCUUGGCGAGCGACGGCUCGCCGCUCGCCGGGCACACCGACCGGAUCGUUUAUCUGGCGGACUACGAGAUCGCCGUCCUCACGGCCGGCGCCAUUCGCGUUUUGGGGCGUGACUCGGCGCUCGUUGUGCACAGCGUCGAGGCGUUAGAGAUCGACGCCAGCCAAGUCGAGCUGGGCGGUUUCCCCCACUUCAUGCUCAAGGAGAUCUUCGAGCAGCCCGAGACAAUCCGCAACGCGAUGCGGGGGCGGCUCGACAAGGACUCCGCAACCGCCGUCUUCGGAGGCCUCAACCUCGAGCCGCGGCAGCUCCGCUCGAUCGACCGCAUGAUCCUCACCGCCUGCGGCACGAGCUGGCACGCCGCCUUGGUGGGUGAGUACAUCAUCGAAGAGUUCGCCCGUUUGCCGGUCGAGGUCGAGUACGCCAGUGAACUGCGUUACCGCAACCCGCCCAUGUCGCCAUUGACGCUGCUGCUGGCGAUCACCCAAAGCGGCGAGACGAUCGACACGCUAGCCGCCCUGCGCGAGAUGAAGCGCAAAGGGCAUCGGUCGUUGGCCAUCUGCAACGUCGUCGGCAGCACCAUCGCCCGCGAAGCGGACGGCGGCGUCUACCUGCACGCCGGCCCCGAGAUCGGCGUCGCGUCGACCAAGGCGUUUACGUCGCAAUGUGUCGUGCUGGCGAUGCUCGCCUUGCACUUGGGCCGGCUGCGUCAUCUCAGCUACGAGGCGGGGCUUCGGAUCAUUGACGAGCUCGAGGCUCUUCCCGAGGCCGUCGAGAAGGCUCUCGAGACGAAUGACAUCGCCCGCCGUGUCGCGGGGCAGUUCUCCGGCUGCGACAACUUCCUGUAUCUCGGUCGCCAGUUCAAUUUCCCGACGGCGCUCGAAGGCGCCCUCAAGCUCAAAGAGAUCAGCUACAUCCACGCUGAGGGCUACCCGGCGGCGGAGAUGAAGCACGGCCCGAUCGCUCUGGUGGACGAGCACACCCCCAGCGUCUUCAUCGUGAUCCGCGUCCCCGCCGUGGCCGACUACCUCCAACCGAUCGUCACGGCGAUCCCGCUACAGCUACUCGCUUAUCACAUCGCGGCGGCUUACGCCCCCCGAGGCCGGUUAAUUUGCCGCGACCGGUGGGGUUCGCUACGAUCAUCGAUAGCAAGCGACCCCUUCGCCGCCCCCCUGCCCCAUUCCAUGGCCCGCUCGUCGCGAGUCCGACCUCCCGACCAAGCCCCGUUCCUCUCCUCAUCGGUCGCCGACCGCUGGUCGGCCCCCCUGGGCGUUUGGGCGGGAGCCCCGGUCAGGCUCCAUGUGUCGCUCGCGGUGGUGAUUGUGCUCGCGGCCGGCGCCUGUGUGCGGUCGGGUUCGGCGACCGGUUGGCUCGUCCUCGCCGCGUACCUGGUCAGCCUGAGCCUCCACGAGACGGCCCACGUCUUGGCCGCCAGCCGGCUCCGCGGAGCGGCGCAGCGGCGGAUGCUAUCGGCUCCCUUGCUGUUGGGACCCUUCGGCGGCAUGACCUUCCGCUGCCCCUCGAUCGACCCCCGCGAAC